GGCGGCGGCUGCGCGGGCUCUUCCGGCCUCCGCCGUUUCCUGCAAAGCAGAAUCCCCCACCCCCUGCCCGGCCCCUUGUUUCCUCCAGCCUGCGACCCCAGCAGCUCUUCCCCCGGCCCAGCCCAGCGCGGCCCCGGCGGAGCGCACGGUUCUGGUUAGCUGCAGCCGCGAGCAUCAUGAUAGCGCUGCCUUCCCCGGUGCUGCUCUUAAUCCUGCUGGCUCCCGGAGCCUGGGCUAGCGUAUCUAUCCCUUCGCCCAAGCAGCAGCCCCAGCCGCAGCUGCCUGUGCCGCAGGAGCUGAGCCCCGCGGCGGGGCCGGGGAAUGUCACCCAGCUGGAAGGAGAGGAGGCGGUGGGCGUCAGCUCCAACCGAAGUGAAACCUUGGUGACCCGCAUCUCCAGCCUGCUCCGGGACCUGCCCACCCUUAAGGCGGCCGUGAUCGUGGCGUGCGCCUUCACCUCCUUCCUCAUCGCCUGCUUGCUGCUCCGGGUGUUCAGGUCUGGAAAGAGAAUAAAGAAAACCCGGAAAUAUGAUAUCAUUACGACUCCAGCAGAGAGAGUAGAAAUGACUCCUUUAAAUGAAGAAGAUGAUGAGGAGGAAGACUCAACAGUUUUUGAUGUCAAAUACAGGUAUAUUUACAGGUAAAACCCACUUUUUGGGAGUUGGGGCACACCAUGGAAAAUCAGUCAACCAUUUGAAAGCCCUGCUGGACCCUAAAGUGUGAAAGGGAGGGUGGAAGUCAUCAUCUCUGAAGCAUUGAUACCAAAACAAAUAUUUCCUCUGACUCCAGGACCUUAUUUAUAAACUGUUCAGCAGCAGGCGGGCCUGUGUUGAACUUCUAUGUCAAAAUAUCAGAAUUAAGCUCUUCAUUGCCAAACCACUACUUUGGGUUAACCUGUGUUACUCCUUUGAAUGUCUCUUUCAAAUGCCACCAAGCUUCAGUUCUCUCCUCUUGAAGAGGUUCUUUGAUAAGGGGGAAGGGUAGAAACUCUUUUUUACUUUUCUCCUUUUAAAGCAGAUUUCUGCAAGAUGAGAAUAUUAAAAAAAAUAUACCCAGACCCCAAACAGUAAAAAGCCAGAAGAAAAUUCAACUCUGUGAUUUAGAAUUAGAUACUUUUCUUCUCUCUGGCUCUUGAGUCUGGAGAUCUGAGGUUAUACUAACCUCUUGGCUGCUUUAAAUUCUAGCCACUUGCCUUAAUCAUUUGGUAAGUGUGUUUAAUGGAAAAGCAGAUUUCAACAGUGGUGGCUAGUGGGUCUUUGCUAAACCAGCCUUGCUAGGAUGUGUGUUUGUAUGUGACCGACUUAAUUGAUGAAGAAAAUUGUGAUCACUUGCUACUGAUUUCAACAAUUGCACUAGCCCCUACUGAAUCAUGCUAUUCCUCAUGCUCCAGUGGAAGCUAAUUGGUGUAUGAAAUGAAGUAGUUUUCGUUAGGCUUAUUAUUAUUAUUUUUAUUAUUUUUCUAAAGAGUGUGAGUUCAACAGAAUUAGGCUUGGCUGGUUUGAAAAGAAUCAUGGAUUUCAGGAAAAAAAUUAUAUGUUUUAUGAUUUUUCCUCCUCUGCUGGGAAAAUAAAACACCAGGCAGCUUUUGGUUUGUGUAAAAAUUUGUGCCAUUUUUCUUCCCCUGAUUUUGCCACAGCUGUGAAAUGUGUGUGUGUGUGUGUGUGUGUGUGUGUGUGUAUCUUUCAGUUGCCUAAAUUUAACUGAGUGACAGUUUGGACUGCUGAGGAACAGAGGUUGGUCAGUGACUUGUAUCAGAAAGUAAAUUUGGAACUGGAGAGAGAACACUUUUUUCAUCAAACGGGAAAUAUCCCUGCCACGUUGGGCUGAUGAAUCUCAUUUAUUGUAAAGUAUACAUUUAUGUAGAAGUGAGAGAUGUAUUUUUGGUUUCCUCUUAUACUUCAGGAAUAAUGAGUUUAGGCAAUAAGUAUUUCUCUUUUGAAAUGACAUUUGCAUCAUUUACAAGGAUUUCUGGAUUCAUAGCUUUAGAAGUAUGUGCAUCUGUUGAUUGCCAGUCACCCAGAAGUGACUGAAUUUGCCUUUGUUUGAACAUUGCACUAAAGUCUGUUAGUGGCACCUUUUGGGACCCCAGGGAAUUCAGGUCUGAUGAAACAGUUUUCCCUCCUCCUCUUCCUCCUCUUCCUUCUCCUCCUUCUCCUUUGUCCUUGUCCUUCUCCUCCUUCUCUUGUCCUUCUUCUCUUUUCUCCUCCUCCUCCCUUUCCUUCCCCCCUCUUUCUUUGCUCGUUCUUGUUUUUUUCUGGUCCUUCUGCACCCAUUUCUCUUUGUGCACUUUGCAGUCGAUUGGAGGAAGUCUAUAUUAUUAAAAUAUUUCUCUUACAGCUCCCUGGGAAGGUUUUUUAGCAGUUCUGAGGCUCCCGGCAUACUCGCACUCUUGGGAGAUCCAUAGACCUUUUUAUACUAUCUCAGUUUGCUGGUACCACAAAUAACUCGUGCAGACACGAUGCUUUGAAUAUAGCAGGCCACAAAGACUCCCUGUAAGAAUACCUCUUUGUGCUGCCGUAGCAUUUUGAAUCAAACUAGAAAAGGCUUUGUGGCUAUUGAUACCAACAUACAGUGCCUCCUGGACCAUGGCCCUAUAUAUUGGCUUCAUGUGUUGACCUUUUUUCUUAUUUUUUCCCUUUUUUUUUUUUUUUUGCCAUCUGCCAAAGAGGGUGGGAAUAGGAACAGAGAAGGAUGUGGUUACUCCAAUCUCUUGAAAAUGUACUCUCAGCCAGAGUGGUGACUAUAAAUGACACCUUCCUAUUUACCAUCUGCUCCUUCUUUACCUUGAACUGGAACUGUGCUGAUACAUUGCCUUUUAAAAUAUUCACUUUCCUCCCUGCCCCCAUUCCAUUUCCAAGAUAGGUCAAACCCCCUGGAUUUUCUUUCCUUUAUGAGCUGGUUGUCAGACUUAUGUUCCUGGAAUCAUUAGUGAUCUCUGAAGCAGGUCACCAUGGAUGACCCUUAAAAUUCUUAGUGGAAUCUCUGGAUAAAACAAAUUAUUUUUGAUAGUGAUGCUUUUUGAAACAGAACAUGUGCCUCUUUCUCUUAGGGAUCUUACUGAUACCCUUUAAGGCUUAUUUAUUUCAAAGCUUUAUUAGCAUCAAGUUCAUUGGAUGGUUCCACAAACCUGAAUUAGAAAAAAAAAAUGUUAAAAAAAAAUAGUGUUGGGGGGAAAAGUUUGCUUUACUUUUAUUUUCACAUGGGUCUGGUGGACAAAUUUUUAGAAACUUCCUCUCCUUAUGUAUAAUGAUGAAAACUCAUUUUCAUAAUGGGACAGUUUCUUGGGAAGACCUUGGGAUUUCUCUAAAGGUUAUGCACCAAUCUCAACUCUGACCUGAAUUAAACUUUCUGAUAUUGCUAUUGCUCAUUAUUUCAUACGUACGUAUGUAUGUAUGUAUGAUGAGGAUGAGCUUAAGAGAAGGAGUUUGUAACUCGCCAUUUUAAAUAAUCAGAAAUAAGGAGAUGUCUAAUUCUUUUUCUAGGGACUCCUUUUUUUAAAAAAUGGCAUUCUGACCAAUAGUGAAAAUUUAAAAGCAUCCUCUUUUCUCAGUUUGGGGUUUUGAAACCUAAAUACCUCAGGCCUGGUGUUUGGUUCUGGACUUAAGAGAUUCUGCUUAACCGGUACCCACUAGACCAGGGGCAUUUUCUUCUUUGAGAAAUUUGUCUUACAUUGGUCUAUAUGUACAUUCAUGGAGCAAUGAGAGGAGGAAAAAAAGCUUGUUCUGCAGUCUACCUUCUUAUUGAUCGACUGAGCCACAGAUAGAAAAUGACUUUUUCUGAUUCCCCUACUUGCAUUUUCACUUGGAUAAUGAAUUGUGAAUUGGGAAGUGUCCUUCAGCAUACAUCUUUCCAAUAAAGGAAGAUAACAUUUAAAAAAAUUCCUCACUAUACUAUGUAAAGCCCAAGGUUGAAGGCAGAAAAGAUAAUGACUUCAACACUUAUCACCUCUUCCUUCAAAGUGGAUGGCAUAUUGAAAAAGUGAUGUUAGGAUUGAUUAUUUUAUAACUUAUUGUUAGGAGGAGGGUGUGUGAGGAGGAAGGCAUUGGAAGAAUGUUUAAAAGUGACAGGCUUCAUGUUAACCCUAAAGGAUUCUGUGAAAAAGCUUGAGUUUUAUUUGUUAACACUUCUUUGAUAAAAUGCCUACUUUCUAGACAAAACUUUUCACCAGACAAAGAUCAAACUGGUUAGUUGCAGGAAGGAUGGCUCCUGGCAGCAUUAACAGUCUUACAUUUGCCUAAAAAAGGAUACCGUGCUGCAUUGUCACCCAAAGACUAGAAUCUUUCUGUUGGAUUAAGUAUGGGCAGAAGGGAAGAAAUGGGCUCUAGGCUUUGUACAACAGAACCAAGAAACUUAAGCUGUCUCUAAAGUGCUUUCGCCAGAGGAUUAAAAAAAGAGAGGCUGUCUUUUUAGGUCAAUAGUUGAUAAUUGAUGACAAUUUGGAGGACUCUUUCCUGGUACAAUUUAACUGCUUGAAUCAGUCGAAUCUAUGCUUUUGGGGGGAAAAAAACCCCAAAAAGUUGAGACCUGGGGAAAAUGCCUGAGUCAUGGUAUCACCAGUUGGUUACCGCAAAUGAAGGCUCUCACUUUAUUGCAGCAACUCCAUCAGAGACUUGGAUCCAGUUACCGCUUCAUACUGUGGCUAUAUGUUUCUACUUCAUGCUGUGUUGAUGAAAGAACAAUUAGUUUUUAUUGAACAGACAAUAGAGAGUUUAUGAACAUUUGAUACGAAGUCAGUAAUAUAUACUUUAUUGAAUUUUUUUGUAAUAAAGGCUCUAAGUUGCAUUAUCUUUUGGAAAUGAUUGAAAAUGAAUGGUCUUAGUUCUUUUGAAUGAUUUGUCAUUACCACUACAAUGAUGUAAGGUAUUUUGUUUGUAUUUUGUAUUGCAGAGUACCAAUAUGGAUAUACUUUUAAAAGUGACUCAAUAUUUGCUGCUAUUUUGUGUACAUUGUCUUUCGGCCUGCUUCCACAUGAGGUUUAUGGAAAAGGAUUUUUUGGAAAAAACAACAACACCCUCUCCUUGAUUUUUCUGAGAUAGAAAGCAAAACAUUAUAGGUGGCAUAUGCCAUGAUGUGGCUUUCCUGCUAGACCUAGGUCACUUUUAAACUCCAUUUAAAAACCUUACUAGUUGAUUUAAUGAGACUGAAGGGAAGAUUGCCUUUUUUUUUUUUUUUUAAGGCUACCCGCUUUAAAAUGAGAUUUCUAGUGUUCCUUGUAAUUUUGCUGCGAUGUCCUACUGUUAAUAGAGAAGAAUCAUAUGAAGGCCCUUUUUUUUCUUUUUUCUUUCUUUUUUUUUUUUGCGGGCCAAUGAGGGGUUAAGUGACUUGCCCAAGGUCACAUAGCUAGUAAGUAUCAAGUGUCUGAAGCUGUAUUUGAACUCAGAUCCUCCUGAAUCCAGGGCUGGUGCUUUAUCCACUGCACUACCUAGAUGCCCCCUGAAGGCCCAUUCCUAAGAACCUUCAUAUUCCUGAAGGAAAACUUUAGGUCAUUUUAGUUUAGGGUUUUUUUAUUUUUUGGGUUGUUGGCAAGUAGGAGAUAGGGGAGGAUGGCCUACAACCCUCAGAAUGGCUGUCAGAACUGAGGCAUGCUUUGGUCUUCAGGUUUGAAAGACUAAUCAUUUUCUUGUCUGUUUGCUUUAUAUGUUUCCUAAAGGUUUUUUUUUUAAGGACUGAUAACUAAUAAGUAGCUCACUCUGGGGUGCCACUCUGUCAUAAUCCAUAACAUUAUGACUAGAUCAUUUUUCAAAAUUAGGGGUUUGUGGGGGUUUUAUUUCUCUCCUUUUUGAUUUGUAGGUGUCAAAAUUUGUUUUGCUACCACCUUUGCUCUAAGACUAGCAUUGUUUCUUUUGUAAUAAUCCUGUUUUG